AUGGAGAUUCAUGGUGAUCAAUCUGCACUCUACAGGUGCAGAAACUGCCAAGUUCCUAUUGCUUUCCGUGAUGAACUUCUCUCCAAAAACUAUAUGGCAAAAACAGGGCAAGCGUUUCUGUUCUCUAAUGUGAGGAACAUUGUAAUUGGGCAAAAGGAAGAGAGAACUCUGAUAACUGGUGUGUACACCAUUGCUGGCCUCUUUUGCAGCAACUGUGGUGAGGAAUUAGGUUGGAAGUACCUUCAAGCUUCUGAGGCAAGACAAAAGUUCAAGGAAGGAAAAUUCAUACUUGAACGUUCAAAGAUUGCCAAAGGGUACUAG